GCAGCUGCGCACCCAGCCUGCAGAGUGUCUGUCAGUCCGUCUGUGGUCGGUCAGUAGGUCAGCUUCUCCGCUUCAUCUGCAACAUUUUACUUCCACUAACAACCACCAGCAGUCAUGAGGGAGAUUGUGCACAUCCAGGCCGGCCAGUGCGGGAACCAGAUUGGUGCAAAGUUCUGGGAGGUGAUCAGUGACGAGCACGGCAUCGACCCGACAGGAACCUACCAUGGAGACAGUGACUUACAGCUGGACAGGAUCAGUGUGUACUACAAUGAAGCCACUGGUGGGAAGUAUGUGCCCAGAGCCAUCCUAGUUGACCUGGAGCCAGGCACCAUGGACUCAGUCCGCUCUGGACCCUUUGGGCAAAUCUUCAGACCUGACAACUUUGUCUUUGGUCAAAGUGGAGCAGGAAACAACUGGGCCAAAGGUCACUACACAGAGGGAGCAGAGCUGGUGGACUCAGUCCUGGACGUGGUGAGGAAAGAGGCUGAGAGCUGUGAGUGCCUGCAGGGUUUCCAGCUCACACACUCCCUGGGAGGAGGCACCGGCUCCGGCAUGGGCACCCUGCUCAUCAGCAAGAUCAGAGAGGAGUACCCAGACCGCAUCAUGAACACCUUCAGCGUGGUGCCCUCUCCUAAGGUGUCAGACACAGUGGUUGAGCCGUACAACGCCACGCUGUCGGUCCACCAGCUGGUAGAAAACACAGAUGAGACCUACUGCAUUGACAACGAAGCCCUUUAUGACAUUUGCUUCCGCACUCUCAAACUCACCACGCCCACCUAUGGAGACCUCAACCACCUGGUCUCAGCCACCAUGAGCGGCGUGACCACCUGCCUGCGUUUCCCCGGCCAGCUCAACGCCGACCUGAGGAAACUAGCUGUCAACAUGGUGCCCUUCCCCCGUCUCCACUUCUUCAUGCCCGGCUUUGCCCCUCUGACCAGCCGAGGCAGCCAGCAGUACCGCGCCCUGACGGUGCCCGAGCUCACCCAGCAGGUGUUUGAUGCCAAAAACAUGAUGGCGGCUUGCGACCCCCGUCACGGUCGCUACCUGACGGUGGCUGCCGUGUUCCGUGGCCGCAUGUCCAUGAAGGAGGUGGAUGAACAGAUGCUGAACGUCCAGAACAAGAACAGCAGCUACUUUGUGGAGUGGAUCCCAAACAACGUCAAGACGGCUGUCUGCGACAUCCCGCCACGCGGCCUCAAGAUGGCCGUCACCUUCAUUGGCAACAGCACAGCCAUCCAGGAGCUGUUCAAACGUAUCUCUGAGCAGUUCACCGCCAUGUUCCGCCGCAAGGCCUUCCUCCACUGGUACACCGGCGAGGGCAUGGACGAGAUGGAGUUCACCGAGGCAGAGAGCAACAUGAACGACCUGGUGUCCGAGUACCAGCAGUAUCAGGACGCCACGGCCGAGGAGGAGGGAGAGUUUGAGGAAGAGGUGGAGGAGGAUGCCUAAAAAAAGUAACAAAAAUGAUGUAACAUGAGCUGAAGAGAAACAGUUCAUAACCAAAAUGAAAAAAAAAACUGUAAAAAAAAAAGAAAAAGAAAAAAGAAAAAAUAUUGUGAUAUGAAAUGAAGGAAUGUAGCAGAACAGAUGGAGGGCUGGUUAGAGAAGCAUGAGGGUUUGAAUUGGUUAAAGGAGAGACAAGAAAGAAAGAUGAACGUAGGCAGAGAAGGAGGAACGGGAAGGAAAAUUAUGUGACCAAAUUAAUGUGCCAUGGUUUACAGUUUAAUUGUGACGCCAUGUAGGCUGGUUUUACCAAGACUGGCCUCCCAAAAUCCUUUUAUACAAAGUCCUCGUCUUGUAGCAGAUGUACAAUUCAGAAGCACUUGUCACACUUCACUUUCAUCACAUAGGAUUAUCGCCUACUGUUUUCUGUGUAGUAAAAAAACAAGGAAGAAUUCAUUAGUAAUCGGCUUUAUACUGUAUAGUUAAUUCUACUAUAAAUGUCAUGUUAAAUGGUUCAAUUACAGAUUUAAAUCAAAUAUUGCACUUACUUUCAUUCACACUACAUGCAAACAACUUUAUUGUGACAUUACGUCUUGUAUGAGAAAAAAGUAUUUUACAUUAUUUGGAAAAAAUCAUCUCUGUGCUUCUUCAUAGACAGAGAAUAUGAAAUAUGAAAUCAUGCCAUCAUCAGUGUUAACUGAUUUUAUCAGUGUUCAUUCCCUCUGUCAGUAUUCAAGAUCCACUCUCAGAGAUAAAUGUGAAUUGUGGCAGCAGGUGAGACACCUCUGUCAGUAUUAUUAUCCCUCAUCAGGGUCUGUGCUCUAAUUCAUCAACACAGUUUUACUGCUUUUAUCACAUCCUUUUAAAGACUUGGGAUCAGAUAAGAGACAAUGUUGUGGGACAGGAUUUUCUCACUUGAACUGUAACGUUAUUGAUUUUAUUCAGGAAACACAAAAUUGAAAAUAAAUGUCAAAGAUUUAAGAAAGAGUGACAUUUCUAAAAAUGUUAUUUUUUCCCCUGAUGCAACAUGUAUUACAUAAUUUUACAGAUUCUGCAAGUUGUCAAUCAAAGCAAAAGUCUGUUUCAUUAAAUCCCUGACAAACAAAUUAACUUUACUAAGAUAGACUGCCACAGUUUUAAUGUAACUGCAGCAGUAGAAGGAUUUUUCUCAGACGCCAGCCAACGUCGUGAGGAGGAUCACACACUGCAGAAGCCAAGAGCCCAGGUCAGGUCAUGGAAAGCAUGUUAGCCUUAGCUUGAUCUGUUUCCAUAUUUUGAUUUUCACUCUUCGUGCCCAAAAAUGUUUAGUUUUACAGCUCAACUUCUCCUGCGUCUAUAUUUGAUUAUACACCAAGUCGCUUUUAACACUCAAACAAUUAUUACGGCUUCAUGAAACACAUUUCAACAAUUAAACGCCUGAGUGCUUUUACUUUUGGAAGACAAAGUAAAAACACCACUUGGAGGUUUUAUAUUUCAUCUAAUAAAAUGUUUUGUCCUCUGAAGAAGUGCACAAUUUAACAUUCUGCCGAAUGUUUACACUCUGAGCCACGACAGUAUGCAUUCAAAUCACACAGAGGUCAUUUGUGUUCAGUAUUUGAACCUCAACCAUGUUGUCUUUACUGUAUGUCUGUGAAUGUCUCUGUGUGCUUUACUGUUUGUUAGCACCUUUUUUAAUUCCUGUGCAGCAGUUUCAUUUGGGAUUCCACUGACUGUGAAACUUUUGGGAGAAAUAAAAAGGCAUUUUAAGAAGAAAAAA